UAGGACUGCCAGUUGAUGCAACCGAAAGCUUAAACAGUUUUAGAGAGUCAAAGGCCAACACGAACAAUUAUUAAGAAAAUUAUGCUGUUAUUAUCGGUACUCUGUAGUUUGCAUUGAAAUGUCUUAACAUCUCCGUUUGUUGUUGGAUAAAACACACGUGUUAAUCUUGUAUUUAUUCUGACAAGCUAAUGUAGCUAGCCUGUUUGCUAGCCAGGAAGAGUUGACAUCUCACUGUUGGCUUCAGGUUAGCUAACACAGUCAACAUAGGAGCUAAUAUUAAGAGAUGCGGCUAAAGGACCCCUUCUCUUUGAAAGCCGCCGAUAUGACUAAGCGGACUAAUAAACCGAGGAAACCUCGAGAUGAGGAGUCAUCAGAUGAAGUCAGCGGGUUGACAUGCCAGCAUGUGAGUAAAGCAGUGGACCUGAGCUCAGUGAAGAAGUCGGUGCUCUCCAACGUGUGGGUGGUGUGCUCUGAGUGCCUAAAGGAGAGGACCAUGAUCGAUGAAGAGCCAGCAGCAUCCCAUGACAUCCUUGUGUGCUUAAAGUGUGGCUUCCAGGGCUGUAACCAGUCUGGGGUCCAGCACUCUGAAAAGCACCACCAAGCUUUCAAUCCGGAGUCUCACUGCAUCACCAUCAGCCUGAGCACGUGGAAGGCCUGGUGCUAUGAAUGUAAUGAGGAGCUCUCCACUCACUGCAACAAGAAGGCUUUGGCUCAGACGCUGGACUUUUUACAAAAGCACUCCGUCAAGGCUACAUCAGGAGCAUCACCCAAAAUCAUCAAGCUGCAAGAGGAUCCAUCAGAUUAUGCCGACUCGGCCAAAGGCAAGAGUCCUGCCACCAACAGCACCUUGGUCCCCGUCAAAGGCAUAAACAACCUCGGGAACACCUGCUUCUUUAAUGCUGUCAUGCAGAACCUGUCUCAGACACACAUGCUAAUCGACCUCAUCCAGGAAGUGAAGGAGAAAGGCUUCAAACUGAGGAUCAGCCCCACUGGUGAAACCAAUGUGGGUCCGUUGACAGUAAUGCUGCCCAGCCCAGAGCCCCUGACGGCGGCCAUGUUUCUCUUCCUCCAGAGCAUGAAGGACCCAGGGAAAGGCCCGGUCAAUCCCAAGAUCCUCUUCAACCAGCUCUGCCAGAAGGCUCCGCGUUUCAAGGGCUACCAACAACAGGACAGCCAGGAGCUUCUGCACUACCUCCUGGACUCCAUACGAGUAGAGGAAACUAAAAGGGUGAAAGCCGCAAUUCUGAAAGCCUUCAACAAUCCCACAGAGAAGACAGCAGAUGAGGACACUAAACGCCAAGUUAAAGCGUACGGAAAGGAAGGCGUGAAGAUGAACUUCGUUGACCGCAUCUUUGUAGGGGAGCUGACAAACACGAUCAUGUGUGAAGAGUGCGAGCAUAUCUCCACCGUGAAGGAGGCUUUCAUAGACAUAUCUCUACCUAUCAUAGAGGAGAGGAUGUCAAAACCAUCCAACCCCAGUAGGCUAGGAAAGGUUGUCCGGGAGCAGGAGGCCCAGGUGACGCACAGUGACCAGAUUCAGUCUGCAGCGCACUCUGUCAACAGAAACACCAAAAAGCUGGGUGCGCAGAAGCAGCAGAGCAGGAGGUCUUCAAGUUCUGUGGAAGAGAAGGGAGUAAGCUGCAGUUUGGAUCGGCCGGAGGAGGAGGGCAUACCUGCUGGAUCUGCCCGCGGGAUCUCUGUUUGCAAGAUGGCCGCCGCCGGCAGCCUAUCAGACGCCAGUGAGAGAGACUCUGGUCCUCAGGACAGCAGCAAUGACGCUGACAGCGAGGCCUCAGAGAGCGAGUGGGCCCCGCGCAUCUCCUCCAGCCACAGCCACGGACACAUGACCACCCCGUCGUCCACCUCCACCCUCACUCCCUCCCCUACGCCCGCCUGCUCCACCUCCCCCUCGCCUUCAUCCGCCAUGAAGCAUGGCAGCGCUGUGGAGCAGCUAGUUACCGCCGUGUCCAAAGUGAACCUCGGCUUCGCCUCCGGGGACUGUUCCCCCCCCACACACUGCUCUCCAGAGGAGGCUUCUAACCUCCACCAUCAGCACCACCAAGGGGCGUUCCAGGCGCUUUCCCAAAGUUACACGCCCAGCUCCAAGGAGUGCUCCAUCCAGUCCUGCCUCCACCAGUUCACCUCCGUGGAGCUGCUGAUGGGCAACAACAAGCUGCUGUGUGAGAACUGCACCGAGCGCAGACACAAACAGCUGCGCAAGAGCAGCUCCGCCGACAAGAAGAUGGAGAAGAUUUACACCAGUGCUAGGAAGCAAAUACUCAUAUCCUCGCUGCCUCCUGUCAUCACAUUACAUCUGAAACGCUUCCAUCAGGCAGGAAUGAACUUACGAAAAGUGAACCGCCAUGUCGAUUUUCCCCUGAUCCUGGACCUGGCUCCUUUCUGCUCGGCCUCCUGCAAAAGCCUGGCAGCCGGUGAGCGUGUCCUCUACAGUUUGUACGGGAUUGUGGAACAUAGUGGAUCAAUGCGGGGGGGCCACUACACUGCUUAUGUAAAGGUGCGCGCUCCCCAGAGGAAAAUGGAAGCGCACUACAGGAACCUGUCAGGUCAGGGAUUAUCUCAUUUGAGCUCCUUCAAGACUUUUGAUCUAUGUUCUGUGUCUUUGUGUGUUUACGCUCUGUUGUAUUGUGCAGCAAAGGUCUCAAUAGAUGAAUAGAGGCUUUUGUGUUCUAUAUAAUUCAUGUUGUUUGUGUCAUGAUUCAUCUUCCGGCGCAGACUGAAAACUCAU